UCCCGGGUUGCCGUUGGCGGCGUGACGGUGGUCACGUGACGUGUGUGUCACAAGGGGACAGCAUGGCGAACAUGCAUGUAAAAGCUAGCAACACAUUACUACACCGAUUGAGGAGUUAACCCAGUCAGCUGAGAGAUACAGUCCAGUCCGUCGUGUCAACGAGGGGACCGGCGAGUGGGCCGAACCCCUGAGUGGAAUGGACGAGGAGAUUAAACUCGAGUUUCCGUCUUUGCCUGGCACGAAGGAGGACCUUCUGGACUGGGCUUAUCCAAUGAGACGAGAAAUGCAGGAAAUAUUGCCUGGACUGUUUUUAGGUCCUUACUCUGCUGCAAUGAAAAGCAAGGUGCAGGUUCUGGAGAGAGAGGGGAUAACGCACAUUGUGUGUGUCCGACAAGACAUUGAAGCCAAUUUUAUCAAACCUAAUUUCCCUCAUACAUUUAGAUACCUUGUGUUAGAUAUUGCAGACAAUCCAGUGGAAAAUAUAAUUAGAUUUUUCCCAACAACUAAAGAAUUUAUUGACAGCUGUUUAGCAACAGGGGGGAAAGUACUGGUUCAUGGUAAUGCAGGGAUCUCCAGAAGUGCCGCCUUAGUGAUUGCCUACCUAAUGGAAACAUUUGGAAUGAAAUACAGGGAUGCUUUCAGCCACAUCCAAGAGCGGAGAUUCUGCAUCAACCCUAAUGUGGGAUUUGUGCAUCAGCUUGAGGAGUAUGAAGCGAUCUACCUCGCCAAACUGACCGUUAAGAUGUCGUCGCCCAUGCAGCUGGGCCGCUCCUUUCUACAAGCAGGCAUGCCAGGAAGCAGGAAACGCAGCUUGGAAGAAGAUGAGGACUGUGGAGCAAUGCAGGUCACAGCAGGACAGAAUGGAUGAGCCUUGCUUACAUUUACAGCCACGUGGCGCAUUGCACUUUCUUUUUCUUCUUGACAUUUUUAAUAGGACUGAAAAUGUCGAUAUUUGCAUCUUUUUUCUAUUUGGGAAAAGGGUGGGCAUGGGAGACCACACAUGUCUGAGACAUGGAGGUCUGGUGGGGACGAGCAUAUUUGAUAAGUUUGUUUUUUGUGAGCUGUAUGCAACGAUGGACUUUUGCAGUUUUAUAGUGUUUUGCAUAUGCAGCGGGACAGUAUUGCAAUAAUGCACUUUCGAUACUUGAAUUCAUGUAGAUGAGGGGAGGGUGGGGGACAGGUGGCAAGAGGUGAAGUCAGGAGUUGAGAGGGAUAGUUCAUGCCUUUUUUUGCUGUGUUAGGGUCAACUAACAUCAGGCUUAAUGUUGGAUAGUACAUAAUGGAGAAUUCACAAGUUAUUGCGUAAUAAAGUUGGACUGACAUGUUUUUGUGUUUAUGAUGUACAUCUCUCCUUCAUAUUGGAUGGAAUUGUUCAUAAACCACUUUUGGAACAUG